CAGACUACAUUAAAGGGGGGUUUUCUCUUCUUUCAGUGAUGGAUAGUUCUCGAAUUUCCAAAACAAAUGGACCUCAAACGUUAAUUCGAGCGUCGCGCAAAAGUGAAUGGCUCCGAAGUGCCUUAGCCCACUACUACAACCCGGACCCCGGCGUGGAGAACGAGAUCGUGGUUCUCGCCACCGGGAUUGACCAGUACCUGCAGGAGGUUUUCCAUCAUUUAGCAUACUACAACGGCGACGAUCUCGUUUCUGAGGAGGAUUUCAGACUGCUGUGCUCCGUCCUGGGAAUUUCCAGCCCCGGCGAGGGCGGACCAGGCAAGGCUGACGGAGAGGAGGCGCGGGACGUCUGCGCCGGGCUGCCCCGCGAGCUGCGUUUCAAGGAGUUUCACAGGCGCCUGUGUGGCUAUUUCAGCGUCCGCGCGCCCCACCAAACUACAGUCGCGCGCCUCCCGGUCGCGGAGGAGACGGAGCACGUCGAGCGCGAGAUCAGGCUGCGAUGGCCGCGGGUGCGAAGGAGAAAGUGUGUCAGUUUCGACCUGUCCGGUGACAUUUACUCGGGGAAGCGUCCAAUGCGCAGAGCGGGGUCUUUGGUAAAUGCCAAAAAUCGCUUUGAAGAGAAGGAUGAUGAGACAGACUCCAGUCCACAGGGGGCAGCGCUGCAGCAGCUGGAGACAGAGAACGCCAGCCUGCGAGAGCUGGUGGAGGACCUGCGCUCUGCCCUGCAGGGGAGCGAUGCCCGCUGCCUGGUCCUGGAGGUGGCGCUGCGUCGCCAGAGUGGGGUGCCCACCAGGAGGUCUGCUGCGGAGAGGAGAGGGGAAGCCGGAGCAGCCCGUCCUCCCAAGGCAGAAUGGGGCACGAGGGGGACCAGGGGCCUCCAACGGGAGCUGGAGAUUAUUCGCGCGUCCCGUGACGGCCAGCUGGAGGAGGCCAUGAGGUUCAACCAGAGGCUGGAGGAAGAGCUUCGUGUGGCCUUUGAGGAAGGGCGCAGGCUCGAGGAGGCGGUGACCUGGCUGCAGAGGGAGAACGGGCAGAUCAAGAGGAAGGCGGAGGAGGCGAGGACUGCCCUUGCCAGGGGGCUGGACCGGGUCAAAGAAAUCCAGGGACUGGCCCACUUGGUCCCCACACUGCAGAACAGGGUCCAGGACCUGGAAACUGAGUUGCAGGGCCUCAGGAACCAGCGCACCUGUAGAACUGAACAGGAAAACCAAGAGGUUCCCCCUGCCAUGGCCUUUGAACCUCUUCUGAGACACCUCCCCACGGACGACGAGUCCUGCAUCAGAGGAGAAGAGGGCCUUCAGAGAGCGGUAGAGGGCCGAGCAGCAUCGGACGAGGAAGAGGAGGAGCGAGGGGGGGAGGAAGUGCAGUGUUGUCUGCUGGAGCUGAAGAGGCUGAUCAACAGGCUGCACAGCUGUUCUAAGGGCUGUCAGAGCACAGCUGCUCGUCAUCUGCUCGCCCCACGGGCCUGUUGCUGUGAAAGCGUCCCCAGUGGCAUCUCGGUGUCAGUGGAGACCAGGGGGCGGGGCCACAGGGGCUACGGCCACCUGGAGGAGAGUGGGCUGGAGAAGAUGGUGUGCUCACUAGAGAAAGAUCUCCAGCUGAAGCAGGAAGAGGUGGAGAUGCUAAGGUUGGAGAUUCAGAUGGUGGAGACAGAGAGAGUCCGUCUGUCUCUCCUGGAGGAGAAACUGACAGAUGCACUGACAUUGCUACUGCAACUGCGCACCAAGAACAUUUCCCGCAGAGCUCUGGGGAAGAUUCUGAUGGACAUGCUAGAUGUCUGCUGCAAAAAUGGGCAUGGCCCCUCCCACGGCCUGCAGGUGUUGGACACUCUGUGUUCGCAACUCCUCUCCUGUGAGCUGCUGGGAGAGGAGGGGGGGUCUCGGACCAGCGCGGGCCCUCACCGAAACUCCGCCAACCCCCUGCUUAUUUCCUGCUGAGAGCAACCUUCGCUGGCCCCUGUCUUGGGGUCAGACAGCCCAAAUCACACCAGAUCUACUAAUGGAGCUGCUCGUUCAGCUGCUGGGUGUGAUGGUGCAGCCAGGGGGGACAAAGCGCCGGUUGUAGACGCAGGCCUUGGGGACAAGCAAAGGACAUGAACGAUACCAUGCCUUCAAGCCUUGAGUAAUUACCUCUC